GUUGGGCCUCGGAAGCCAGGAGUCCCACAGCCGCCCGGCGCGCGUGAAGCUGCCGAAGACCGGGGUGCGAGAGCUCUCGCUGGGCGUCGACCACGCAGCUGCUAUCACCCUGCAAGACGAGCUCUUCCUUUGGGGCAAAGGCUCGCUCCUGGGCGAGGUCCAGAAUGUGUUGCAGCCGAAGCGCUUCUUGAUCGAGGGCAGCUCGCACUUCAAGCUUGUCGUUUGUGGGGAGCUCGAGACGUUUUUGGUGGACAAAGCCGGCCACCUCCUGGCCUGGGGCUCCAACCGCUACGGGCAGCUGGGCCUAGGCCAGCAGAGUGGCUUGCAUGUGGCAGCGCCGUCGCAUGUGAAGCCGCUGCAUGAACCUGUCACUGAUAUCGUGUCCGGCGGCAACUUCACCAUCGCAAGCCUCGAGAGCGGCGACGUUUGUGCCUGGGGCAACCAGACGUGCGGACGCUUGGGCCUCGUGGAGACCAAGGACGAACGGAUCUGCUGGGAGCCCUCCUUGGUCGUCGCCACAUGGUCCACUGUUGCGACGGCAGCUCGCCCCCAGCAGUCGAGGAAGACCGUGCGCUCCAGCAAAGACACGGAGAGCGUGGCCGGGAAGACCGAGAAGUCGGAGGAGACGGCGACGGCGACAGCAAAGGGCACCAAGGACAGAACGCAGAAUGUUGUAAGCUUCGUCAUCUUGCAGACAGUUCUCAAGCAGGAGGACACGAAUCAACAAGAAAGCGCCUUGAAAAAGGAUGCGGAGGAGUUUGAACAAAUGGUGCAGGAGUUGAUCCAGGAAAUCCGAAGCCUUCGCGACGAGGAG